GGCUUGCUUCCCAGUCAGGACAACCAAGACACCUUUUAGCAACGAAGUCAAUGAGUUAAAAAACAGCUUUUAGCAUGGUUGGAGGAAGGUCUCCUGCUAACUUAACAGUAGCGCUUACAUUAUCCUUGGCCUGCAUUUUAAGCGGGUCAGUGGUUUGGAGAAGAACAAGAGAGCAGGAGGAAGCAGCAUUACAUGUGUACGGAAAUAAUUUAGACAAGAAGGAAAUGGCCAAGAACUUAAUCUUGUGGUUACAUGGGCUAGGAGAUUCAGGCCCCAACAAUGUGCCCAUAAGGAACUUCUUCUCUGCUCCCGAGUUCGUCAACACAAAGUGGCUGUUCCCCUCUGCACCAUCUCAGAGAGUUACCUGUAACAAUGGAGUUACGAUGCCGGCAUGGUUUGACCUCUAUGAGAUACCGGUCACAGCUGAGUCUCCUAAAGACGAGGAAGGAAUUUUGAAAUCUGUUGAAAAGGUACAUGAAAUGAUAGACAAUGAGAUAGCAACUGGCAUCAGUCCCAAGAACAUUUUUGUCUGUGGCUUUAGCCAAGGGGGUGCUUUGACUUUAGCAAGUGCAAUGUUGUACCCAAAAACUCUUGGAGGAGCUGCAGUGUUUAGUGGUUGGGUGCCAUUUAAUUCAUCAUUUAUUGAAAAGAUCUCCCCUGAGGCAAAACAGACACCAGUUCUGUGGUCUCAUGGAAUGAGUGACAAUGUAGUGGAAUUCAGUGCAGGCCAAGCUGGGCCACCAUUACUUGAGCGUGCUGGUGUCAAUUGCCAGUUCAAGGCUUAUCCUGGUCUUGGCCACUCACUUAAUUCAGAAGAAUUGACUUCUCUGCAAUCUUGGAUCAAGAAUCGCUUACAGUCAUCUUCUCAAUGAUUUUUUAUGAAUUGUAAAACUGUUUCCUUACUAAAUACCAGCUGGCUUAUGCCAAACUGCCACCAUCUUAGGUUGGAAAACUGAUAUACAUUUGGCUUCAAUCUCUGAAGUGAAAAAAGCUUUUUUUAACAUAAAUGCUCUGUAAAGUGUGUUUUCCAAUGCAGACCAAAUACUUGACAACAUUGUGUGGUAUGCAUAUUUAGCUCGACAUAAUUUAGUUACAAAGUAAACAAGAUUUGCUA